AUGCUCGCCUCAGGUUUCACAGCGGCACCUGUGUCUCAAUGUCUCUUCUUUGGCGUCAUUGCUUCCUCGAUACUUGUCAGUAUCACAGACACCAAGUAUCUUUUUUAUAUUCAGGUCGUACCGCACUUAUGGCAGUAUAAGCAGGCAUGGAGGUUGCUGGUCUGGCAGAGCUGCUACAACAACUCCACAGAACUCCUGUUCGCCGCCAUGUCACUCUACCACCUCCGCAUCAUUGAGCGCCUGUGGGGCUCUCGAAAGUUCGCCUCCUUUCUCUUCAGCCUUCUCCCACCAACCCUACUCCUCCCUCCAAUAGUCACAACCAUGCUUCGCCCCCUCACAUUCGGCGCCGUAAACCACCUCCCCGCAGGUCCUACGCCCCUUAUAUUCGCCCUUCUCGCUCAAUACCACGCCGCAAUACCUACAAUCUACAAGUAUCGUAUUGUCACCUCUAAGUCCCCUUCUACAUCUUCCAGCGCAAGCGAAGAACAAGGACCAGUCCUCAGCGAUAAAUUUCUAGUCUAUUUGCUCGCUGGCCAGCUUGCCCUAUCUUCGUUCCCAGGCUCCGCGAUAGCGGCAAGUGUGGGCUGGAUGGUUGGAGUGGCCUGGAGGGGCGAAUGGGGACCUGGCGCUUGGGGUAGGUGGAGGGUACCAGGGUGGGUGGUUGGUGAGAAGAAGGCAAAUACAGGCCAAGGGUUCGAGAGAUUGAGGAGAAGAUUGGAAGGCGAGGGAAGUGGCACUGGCGCUGAUGGUAGAAGUGAGGGCGAGGCGAGAAGAAGAACACUGGGAAGAGGUAUACUGGAUCAGUUUAGAGGCGCUUUUUGA